GCAGCAUCAGUGGCUACAUGACACAUCAGCAUCAGUGGCUACAUCACACAGCAGCAGCAGCAUCAGUGGCUACAUGAAACAGCAGCAUCAGUGGCUACAUCAUAGCAGAUUAUCUCCUGCUGUUUCGCAGCAGCAUCAGAAUCUGGCAGCAGUAGAAACAGCAGCAGCAGCAGCAACGAACGACUUUCAACGUCCCUACCAAGUUGACCGAGCAGUUUUUGGGGGGCAAAGAACAGCGGUUAUAAAACAUAAUUAAAACAGCAGCAGCACAACAACAAAAACGACGAGGACAAGCCAGCAAACAUCGGCUGCAGCUGCUGCUGUUUGUUUUCGAAGCAGACCCUGCUGCUACUUACAUCACGCGCGUCUCUUCCGAGCUGCUGCUGCUUCUUCACUCUUGACAAGUCGCGGAGUCGACAGACGGCGGAGAGAGACAGAGUAGAGAGCUAGAGACGCAUCAGUUGUUGAAAGGAUCACCGAGAGUCUGAAACUAGGCAACGCACGGGGAGACACCAUGGUGUACGGCAUCACAGCGCGGCUGCAGAGGCAGCUGAACAAGUCGGAAGGCGUGGGCGCCACGAGCGAGAGGUGCAGCAAACACCUGGGACAGGACUUCGAGAAGAUCCGGGGCUGGUGCCUGCAGAAUGGCACCCUCUUCGAGGACGACCGCUUCCCCGCCACGGCCGCCUCUCUCGGCUUCAAGGAGCUGGGACCCGGCUCGUCCAAGACACGUGGAGUGCAGUGGCGUAGGCCUACGGAGAUAUGCUCAAACCCGCAAUUCAUUGUGGGAGGAGCCACACGCACGGACAUCUGCCAAGGCAGCUUGGGCGACUGCUGGCUGCUGGCGGCUAUCGCCUCUCUGACGCUGAACGAGAAGCUGCUGACACGAGUUGUGCCCACGGGCCAAGAGUUCACCGGUGGCUACGCCGGUAUCUUCCAUUUCCAGUUCUGGCAGUUUGGCGAGUGGGUGGACGUGGUGAUCGACGACCGCCUGCCCGUGAAGUCCGGGGAGCUCGUGUUCGUCCACUCGGCCGAGGGGAACGAGUUCUGGAGCGCGCUGCUCGAGAAGGCCUAUGCCAAGAUGAACGGCUCGUACGAGGCCCUGACCGGGGGCAGCACGAGCGAGGGCUUUGAGGACUUCACGGGCGGUGUCACCGAGACGUUCACCCUCUCCAAGGCGCCCCAAAACCUCUGGAAACUCCUCAACCAGGGCGUGCAGAGAGGCUCGCUCAUGGGCUGCUCCAUCGACAUAACGAGCGCGGCCGACACGGAGGCCAUCACGACGUGGAAGCUGGUGAAGGGCCACGCCUACUCUGUCACGGGUGUGGACCAGGUGUACCACAAAGGAGGCUUGGUGAAGCUCGUCCGUAUCCGAAACCCCUGGGGCCAAGUCGAGUGGAUCGGCCCAUGGAGUGACAGCUCGCGGCAAUGGAACGAGGUGUCGGACAGCGAUCGGGAUCGGCUCAUGGUCAAGAGCGAAGAUGGCGAGUUCUGGAUGUCGUACGACGACUUCUUGCGCCAGUUCUCACGCCUGGAGAUCUGCAACCUGACGGCGGACGCGCUCUCGGACGAUAAUCUCCACUUCUGGAGCUCCGUGGUGCACGAGGGCAGCUGGGUGCGCGGCUGCAGCGCCGGCGGCUGCCGAAACUUCCCGGACACUUUCUGGAGCAACCCGCAGUUCCGGCUGAACCUGCUGGAGGAGGACGACGACCCCGAGGACAACGAGGAGGGCUGCACCGUCGUGGUGGCGCUCAUGCAGAAGGACCGACGCAAGCAGCGCCGGCAGGGCCGCGACCUCCUCACCAUGGGCUUCGCCAUCUACGAGGUCCCGCAGUCGCACGUGGGGCAGCCGCAGCUGAAGCUGAAGAAGGACUUCUUCCAAUUCCACGCAUCCAAGGCGCGCUCCGAGGUGUUCAUCAACACUCGCGAGGUGUCCCAGCGCUUCCUGCUGCCCCCGGGCGAGUACAUCAUCAUGCCCUCCUCCUUCGAGCCCAACCAGGAGGCCGACUUCAUCCUGCGCGUAUUCUCGGAGAAGCAGCAAGCGGUGGAAAAAAUGGACGAUGACGUCGACAUUGUAAUGCCCGAGUUGGACUUGGAGGUACCAGUGGACCCGGCCUUCAUCAAUGUGUUUGCCAAGCUCGCCGGAGCGGACAACGAGAUCAGCCCCUCGGAGCUGCGGGACAUCCUCAACCGCGUUGUGGGAAAACAUGCCGACCUCAAGACGGACGGCUUCAGCCUGGACGCCUGCCGCAACAUGGUGUCCCUCAUGGACCGGGACGGCAGCGGCAAGCUGGGCAUCAAGGAGUUCAACUUCCUGUGGCAACGCAUCAAGUCGUGGCAGCAAAUCUUCCGACAGUUCGACAUGGACCACUCGGGAAACAUGAACGGGUACGAGUUCCGCCUCGCUCUGGCUGAAGCAGGCUUCCGUCUGAACGACCAGCUGACGCAGACCAUCACCAUGCGCUACAUGGAGGAGAACGGAGUCAUCGACUUCGACAACUACCUGUGCUGCCUUGUGCGGCUCGAGACCAUGUUCCGGAUAUUCCAGGCCCUCAACAAGGAUGGUGAUGGAACCAUUAAGCUCAAACUGCCCGAGUUCCUGAACCUCACUAUGUUCGGUUGAGGAGGGAGAGGAGGCGCGGGGGAAGCGAGCAGCGGGACGCAGCAGCGACGGCGACAGAGAUCGGAUGUCAGCUGGCGCAUGAGCUCCAGCGCUUGCACGCUCCUACACGUGUGUGUCUUUGUUCGCGUGCAUGUGUGAGAGCGUCGGCGUGUUGCCUACCCGAGUGUGCUCGUGCGAGUGAAUGCGUGGGGUAGAGCUGUCGGAAAGCUACAGUGAAGUGGUGAGCGUGCUGCGCUGCAAACCCAGCAAACCAAGUUCGAUGCCCGGCCACAGUUAACGUCUGUGACUUAAAUGUGAAUUGGUCCUAGGCCUCCCCUAGGUCGGCUCGUACAUAAAUGAUUACCUGGUACGGUGUGUAAACAUAAGCGCAAGUUGACGCAAAGGCGGCAGCUGGAAGCGAUGCUGGCCACAACACCCACUUGUCCGCAUUGCCUGUGUAUGUUGAACUUCUUUCGCACCAUACAUAGGUGCUCGCUAACAGCACUUGCCUUAAUAGUCUGUAUAGCCAUAAGGGGGGGGGAGUAUCUGUUUGUGAGUGAGUCGGUUUCUAUCCGUAUCAAGCUGCAGAGUGCGAACGCGUGCGUGCGUUGGGUGAAUGGCCGAUGGCGGGCACCCUCCUCGCCAAAACCCACACACCGUCACGGCGCAGCGCCAGCCUUAAUAGGUGCUCGCUAAUCCAGCAACUCGUGCCUCACCGGGCCAAAUGGAGGCCAGACAAGAGGGGGGGGGGGGGCAGCAUGUCUAUGCUUGUAUGCUCUGACACACUUCUCAUACAUGUGUGUAUGAGAAGUCAAGCGGGUGAAUGGUCACACCAAAAGUAUUUCGGGACGCCGACCGUCAUUGCAUGUGCACAGUCCCUCGCAGGCGCUUUACGUCGCCUCGAAUCGCCGGCGUGCGUGUCUUGUACGUACGUUGAACUUCUUUCGGACCGUGGGUGGCCAGCCGUGCUAAUCGGAGGGUUGCGAGGAGGAGGAGGAGGGAAGGACAACAAACACAAAACGAACGAGCAGUUCUCGAUCAGUGGUGGGCAACCGUGCGGGGCCUCGUGCCCUCCCGUGGAGCCCCUCGUGAUGGCCCGCCGGUCUCGGUGUCUCGAGGUCGAUGGCGUGGGGUGGGGGUGGGGGGGGGGGGCGGGGGGGCGGUCACGCUCGGUGCCCGACCGCGACGACGUCAAAGCUUUCCGGCCCACCGGGGGUGCAGGAGGGGGGCCGCUCGCGAGGCCCACUGACCGUGGUCCACGUUGCCCACCCACCGUGGUUUGCCCGCUGCUGGUCUCGACUGUGGAAAUUCGAAUCAAAAGGUGGCGGAAAAACCCUCGGCGCGAGCCCAUCGGGGGGCGGGGGUUCUCUCCGCUGCAGUGCCACACACAAAAAAUGGGUUGGGGGGGGCGCACGAUGCGUUUUGAAAACCUGACGGAGGUCGUUUAAAUGCAGUUUAUAUGCACGCACACACAAUGUGUGCACGCGUCUACGUAGCUACGCAGUGUUUUCAUGCACGCGUAUAUAACGGAUAAUGGGGGUUUCUUUUCAUUUACUGCUUACGUUUGGGGUUUUUUGUCGUUUUCUACAAAGCACCACAACGGUGCCGAUUGCACGUUCAGAUUUUUUUUAUUUUAGUUUGGUGGGGUUGGUGGGACGUUCAUGUGAGCGUGUGUAUCAUUUUUUUUUUAAAUUCUCAAAACAUCUCAAGCUUUCAUUGUCCUUAUACGUGUAUCAUUUUUUGUUCGUUUGCCAUUAUUUAAGCUCGGGUCUGUGUUUUCCCUCUCACCGUGAGAGUCAUCCCAUCGCAACCCGAUUUGUUGAGUGUGUCCCAGUGACAUUGCUGAACCGAGGCUCUGUAGCUGAGGGGGAGUCUCCAGCUCUGCGGCGGAGGCGUCAAGGUAUCGUGAGAGAGAGAGAGAGGACAUUUGUCGUGCGUGCGGCGACUUUUGGAGCUCGUGGGCAGCCCCGCCCUUUCCCCGUAGGAAACUGUUCAGCUGCCUUAUCACGCCCUACCUCGAGUGAGGGGGGAGUGUGUGGUGUGUUUGUGUGUGCGCCUGGAGCACAGGUGAUGCAUUUGCAAGUCAUCUCAGUCAACCCGUGGCACCUGGGUCUGUCCCGUGACUUCUUGUCAGCGAACCUUUAAAAACUUCCAACGGAAGUGCGCCUAGCCUGGCACAAGCACCGCGGUGACGUCACCGCCACUUGUAUGGUAGUGUAGUGGUUAGUGCACUGCGAUACAAACGCGGUGACUCAAGUUAGAUUCCCAAUUGUGGUCGACACCAAUGACGAUAAUCUGAACCGGUCCUGGACCUCCCCUAGGUCGACUCGGCCUCAAAUGAGUACUUGGCGUGGUGUGUAAACAUCGCCACUGGGGUGACAAAGGCGGCCGGGCGUGGUGUUGGCCACUCAUCCCCAUCAUGUGCUGUGCCGGCCUUCAUAGGUGCUGCUCACUGUCUUUGCGUGGCAGAGACCUGCCGUGACUCCAAAGUCGGGCACGAAGCGAGUUUCACCCCAGGCUUCCCAGCCAGGAAUUCCACGCAGCCUUGUGGGAGGACAUAUGUGGUGAUAGCCCAGCGCCUACUGGUGCAGUUAAAUAUCGUUGGAUUAUUUCAGGGGUAAGGACACAUUUCCUUCCUGAGUGCCGAAUCAUCAUUGGGGUUUUAUUUCAAUAUAGUUGCAGCCAAUUUUAUGAGUGAUUAUACAACUGGGAAGAAACCGGAGCACUCGGGAGGAAACGGACACGCGCGAGGGGGCAACAUUCGAUCCCUGUACAGGUGGAAACAGAUGGCGAUUAGUCCAUUUGCUGUACCGCCUUCUCUUGGCGAGCCAGGGUACAGCACCUCGACGCCAACGGGAAGGGAGCUCCACAACAUCUGUGCGGUGAUCCACCAACGCUCGCUGCUGCCUCCACAGAGGCAGGCACGUGCAUAGCCACCAUUGUUACAAACCUGUGCGCACUGUGAGCGAAGCAGUUGGGCUACCUAUAGGUGGUGCCUGUUCGUUUGCAAAGGUACAAUUGCAUUUUCUAGUGAGUAUAUUCUUAAUCCUACACUCUAUGGUUCUUUCGGUAAAGUCACGUACGUUACCGAAAUAACCAAAGAGUAUGGAUUCCUGCAGUCACGAAAGCUUCAAAUCUAGAUUAUAUUCCUACAAUUAAAACUAUUAAAUUCAUUUAAAAAAAUAACCCCAAUAGCAGGACCCGUGUCUGCUUGGGGCCUGGUGAAUGCCCUCUUCUGGCCGGUGCUUAUAUUUCACGUGGCCGAAUGUAGCUUUUAUUUGAGGGCUGCUGCCAUCUAGUGGUACAAUAUGGAGAGAAAAUAUUAAAAGGACCCGGGGGGGGGGGGGGGCAUGAUGCCACGCACGCUGACAAUAUUCACCAAGCUUCGAACUGACCAAGCUUACAGAAUAAUAUUUUUUGAAGAGUCGGCUCGCUGGAAAAUGACGUCCGAAAGAAAGGGGUUAAAAGGGAUUAUCUGCCACCCAAUAAAUGCGUGUAGGAAACUGUUUUAACACUAAUUGAUGGAUACGUGUCAACUCGUACAUGCAUCAAUACACUACACACGCGAUAAUUGAGUACGGAUUCGUUUACAAAAAAAAUGUGCAAAUAUGCGGUUAUAUUUCAGGCGAACCGAGAGACAACUCUGCAAACUAAGCAGAUAAAACCCCAAUUAAAAAAAUACAAGAAACAGAA